AUGAACGUAGGGUAUCCCAGGUUUCCGAACCCCUCGGAGUACCCGCCUCCCCCCGGGUACCCAUAUUACGAAUGGGACGAAUUUUACGACCCUCAGCCGCCGACUGGUCCACGCCAUGAGCAUCUCCCUCGGCCAAGACGUGAUUCUCAUGUUGAGCGAGAGAAAACGCACGACGAUACCGCCAACUUUGACAGCGCGUGUGGCAAGUUGUUUCAGCAACUUGAACAAGCUGAACAAUUCUAUCAGAAUUUCCAACAGGAGUUCGACAACGAGAUCACGUCCAUCAAAAAGUACGCGGGCGAUGGUAUCCUGAGGGAGCUGUGGUCCCGUCGUAUCGGAGUUCCAUCAUCCCGCCGAGAUUCCAUCAAGAGUGAAGAAGAGGUCAAUGAGUGGGAGGCCCAAAUGAGGAAGCCGUGCCAGAAGUUUCGAAUCCAGGCGACGAAACUGGACAUGUGUCUGCAAAAGGCAACAACUGCCACGAUUCCAACCCCAAAGUCGAGAAAGGAUGAAACAAGUGUCGACUCAGCAAAACUACUUCAGGACAAGAUCGAGACUUCUGGAGAAGGGAUUCGGUCUCUUUUGGGAAAAGUAUACCGUUCUAGGCAGUAUUGCUCUGAACUGGUGAAGGAACUAGGCCAGCUGAAGUCGCUCGUUGAUCCCCAGAAAUCUCAAGGAUUUGACGAGCAAGAAGAUGGUACCGAUAGUAAUGAUGCUGAAUAUGGACCAGUGGCAGAUACCGCUCCUGGCAAUAGGGGUGCGAGCUGGUGA